UGGCAGCAUCUCCCAAUAAUCUUUAUUUCCAAACAAACAAGCCCCUGUAGUUCUAUUAUUUUGGCUGUGGAAUAGAAUCUCAAUUCUGACUGACUUUGUCAAGAGGAAGGAAUUAAUUCGCCACCACAAGUGGCCAACGGCAGAAUCUUGAAAGCAGAUUACACACGAAAAAUUAGAUAACCACGCCCCCACAUGGACAUGGGAAUGGGAUCCCCAUGAGGGCUUCACUCUCAUCACCUUCAGGUGAGAUUAAUGCAAUUAAAUGCAACCAAUAGAAUUCUUUCUUGGCAAAAAAAUUAAAUAAAAUAAAACCGUCUGAUUUUUUUUCCCUUCAGUUUAUGCUCCUUGGAAUCAAUAAAAUUCUUGCUUUGCAAAAAAACAAAAAACAAAUCAAACUUUCUGAUUUUUUUCCCCCUUCGGUUUAUGCUCCUUGGAAUCAACAAAAACAAUGGAAAACUUCAAAGAAUGCAUUUUUUACGCAAAAUUUACAAUUAAGAAAUAUGAAAACAUUUUUCAGAUUUUGUAAAAGUAGGUUGCUUGCAUUUUUAAAAAUUGUUUUCCAAGAAGUAUUUUGAGUGUUUUGCAAAAUAAAGCAAGCGCAGAAGCUCGUGUUACGAAAUAGAAUGUAUGAAACCAGGGAGGUGCUGUGCACAUCCCGGCUGUUGAUCUUGGCAAUCAAUGGUCCAGAUUGCUCGGGCCGUCGACUAAAAGUGUUCUCUAUUUUGAAGAUGACACUAUGUGAUAAGAGAUUGCAAAAAUCACCAAAAAAACAAAAUGGUUUUUUUAUAGCAUACAAUCAAUAUUCAUGAGUAAUAUAGGAGAUUCUCCGUCACUGUGCUUGUGUUUUGUUAUCCCACCAUGUAUUUAUUUAUACAAUUGCCCUUUAGAUUUCCAAUAUAUGUAUUAAGCAAAUCAACUUUUAUUUUAUUAUCACAAUCUAGUUUUAUUCUUAUGUCUUGCUAUUGGAACAGCUGUGCUUUUAUCAAGCUAAACAAAAUGAAAUGAAAAAAAAAAAAUGUACUCUAAUACAUUUUUUACACAUUUUUUAAAUUUAUUUUUUAUAUAUUUUAAUACACUUUUUCAACUUUAACAAAAGUUAAGGGGACUUUUUUUUAUAGCAUUUUCCUCUGCUCUUUGGUUGACCUAGAAAAGUCACCUGCAGGUGAUUUCACAAAGAAUAAAUUUAGUAUAAAGUAAAGGAACCCCACUAUAGGUACCGACACGCUUCAACGGGAAUGCGAGGUCCAUUUUGAAUUUUGUACAGAUAAUUCGAGAUUCUAAAAUCUUAAUGAAAAAUAAAAAAAAUUAGAUCGAGCACAUACACAUAUUGAAUUGAACUGAUUUCUCAUGAGUUCAUUCAAUUUUUAAAAAAAAAUAAUUGAACGAUUCAAAUCAUCCGUGCAAAACUCGGAAUAUAUCCUACGUGUACGUUGCUCUGAUCGUCAGUUCGAAUUGAACUACUAGAAUCAUCCAAGUAAGAUGCCUCACGCCUCAUUAAACGGUUCACGUUGCUCAUUUCAAAACUACUCCUACCUCUCAAGUCUGAUCAAUUAAAGCCACAAUAUCAAUUCCCCCUUUGACCAAACCCGUUUUGGGCAAGUAUAAAACAGGACCCACUGAGAGUGCCAAAAUUUGGAAAGGACCCACAGUUUUCCGGCACUCUCUCCAAUGGAUUCCCAAACCCACCAAAACCCGCCUCUCCAUACCCUACCGGAAACCAUCGCCCAACCACCCAUUUCGGGUUUUCCGGCCACCGUCGUCGACAGAGCGAAAAACAAUCUUCUUUUCAGGUCAAAAUGGGCUGAACUGAACGGUGCGAUGGGGGAUUUGGGCACAUACAUCCCUAUAGUAUUGGCCUUGACCCUGGCCAAGGACCUAAAUCUCGGCACGACCCUGAUUUUCACCGGGGUCUACAAUAUCAUCACCGGCGCUAUUUACGGCGUCCCAAUGCCGGUCCAACCGAUGAAAUCGAUCGCUGCAGUGGCGAUAACCAACCCAGAUUUCGGCAUACCGGAGGCGAUGGCAGCCGGGAUUCUAACGGGGGCGAUUUUAUUUCUAUUGGGUGUCACAGGGCUGAUGCAACUAGUAUACAGGUUUAUACCGCUUUCUGUUGUCAGGGGGAUUCAAUUGGCCCAAGGGCUAUCAUUUGCUUUAACUGCAGUUAAGUACAUAAGAAACGUGCAAGAUUUUUCAAAGUCCAAAUCGAGUGGGCAGAGGCAUUGGUUGGGCCUAGAUGGGUUGGUUUUGGCCCUUAUUUGUGCCGUUUUCAUUAUAAUUGUCAAUGGUGCGGGUGAUGAAGAAAUUGAGGAAAGAGAUGGUGAUUUGGGUGAUCGAGAAAGGGUUGGGAAAAGGAGGAAAUUGACGAAGAUUGUAGCUUCUCUUCCCUCUGCUUUCAACAUAUUUUUAUUGGGGGUAGUUUUGGCAAUUAUUAGAGGGCCUAAAGUGGUUAAAGGGCUCAAAUAUGGGCCAUCACCUAUCGAAAUUGUGAAGAUAUCUAAGAAUGCAUGGAAAGAUGGGUUUAUCAAGGGUACAAUCCCGCAAUUGCCCUUGUCGAUUCUGAACUCGGUUAUCGCCGUGUGUAAACUGUCGUCGGAUCUUUUUCCGGGGAGAGACGUCUCGGCGGCGUCGGUGUCGGUGACGGUUGGGGUGAUGAAUUUGGUGGGGUGCUGGUUUGGGGCCAUGCCAUGUUGCCAUGGUGCUGGCGGGCUAGCUGGGCAGUACAAGUUUGGUGGGAGAAGUGGUGGUUGUGUGGCCCUUCUUGGUGCAGCUAAGUUAGGCUUGGGCUUGGUCUUGGGAAGCUCCUUGGUAAAGGUAUUGGAGCAGUUUCCUGUUGGGGUGUUGGGGGUCCUUCUGCUGUUUGCUGGGAUAGAGCUGGCUAUGUGCUCAAGGGACAUGGGCUCUAAGGGGGAAUCCUUUGUGAUGCUUCUUUGUACUGCCGUUUCGCUAGUGGGCUCGAGCGCAGGCCUGGGCUUUCUAUGUGGGAUGGCUGUGCACUACCUUCUUGGGCUCAGAAAAAUGGCCCAAAAUGUUCAAUCUUGUUCUGUGUAGUAGUAAAAAGUAUGAACGUGUGCGUGUUCUAAACUUCCUUUUAUCUUGUGUGAUAGAGUUCUCUGCAUCCGGCAGAGGGUGAUCUAACCAAAGGCUGGGGUUCAGUUCUACCAAUAACUGUUAUAAUCUCAUUCGAUAAAGUAAGCCUACCGGAUCGGUAGCGAAGAGGUACUAUAUAUCCCGUGUUUUGUGGGAUAUCCGUAAAAGUUUCAAUCAAAACUGGAAUAUGUGGUUCCAUUGGAUAUACAGUCCUAUGCUUUAACGCAGACAAACAAACAGGACCCAAAGGUUCAGUUAUUUCUUGUAGCAUAGUGAUAUCAUUUUCUGUUACUGUUUAUCAUAAAAAUUCCCUGGUUGGCUUAUAUUAUGGUAAAAACUGUAUUAUCUGGAAAUUAUUCUCAUGGUUAUCAGAAGGAUACAGUUAUGGCUAUUA